AUUUUUUGUGGAAUCUUUCAUUAAAUCUUGUCUCACUUUCACUUUAUCCACACGUGUCCUGACUUCCUGUCCCCUGUCACCGUGCUUUGCUUCCCAUUCUCCUCCUUCCGUCUUUUUGUCUUGUAAUCACUUCAAAGAUCAACCUCAUUUCCUCCACCAUCAUGCAACACAGAGAUAUUGUUUGUUCCAAUCAUUUGCAGCAACGUUUUAAUUGCUGCAUGUUGCAGUGGAAGGUCGUCAUUGCCAUGUUUCACCACAUGAGGCAUGGUUGUCACCGUGAUGGCAUCAUCACAACCACUAAAGCUCCAUUCCGUUGCAUCAGGGCAGAUGAGAUGAGAAGAUGCUUUUUAAUUUUCUACAUUUCAGCCAUGAAUCAUUUGGAUGUUUAGAAAGGUCACGUAUGUUCUGUGGAAUGAUUGUCCACUGAGAUGCCGUGGAAACUAAAGGUCACAUGACUUCAACAGACCGCCUCCUAAAAUAAUCCUUUAAUGUUGGAUGCUCAUGUCUUCAUUGUCUCCCCCCCCCACCCCCACCCACCCAUGACCCUGUGACCCCAUUGAUGGGGGGGGUCAAAGGAUGCAAGUAUUUCAGGCGUGAGUGCCAUCAUGGCCAUAAAGAGGGAAGUUCGGGAAGCACGGACAAAUCUGUCCAAGGUGGUCCACGUACAUAUAUACCCCCCCCACCCCCCCACCAGAGACUUCACUAUUUGGAUGCUGUCCUUCACGCUUGGCUGCUUCUCAUUGUCACUUUGGAGAGCCUAAGAAGACGUCAGCAUGUCUGAGGGAAAGAAAAUGACAUCGAGCCGCAGGCAUCACCUGAAGAGUUUGAUGCUGCAGAUCGCCGCCAGCUGGCUGGAGCAAGAAGCCGCCGAGAUCGCCAUCGCCAAGGAGGCUCACGUGGCGGAGAACUGCCCCGCCCCCGACCUGGGCGGCGACCAGGCUUCCCUGAUGGACGUCUGCAAGAAGCUGCAGCAGAUCAUCGACAAGAUCGACGAGGAGCGGUACGACACCGAGGCCAAGGUGGUCAAGGCGGACAAGGAGAUCGAGGAGCUGAAGCUGAAGGUGGUGGAGCUCGCCGGCGUCAAGAAGCCCGCCCUGAAGAAGGUGCGAAUGUCGGCCGACGCCAUGCUGCAGGCGCUGCUGGGCGGCAAACACAAAGUCAACAUGGACCUCAGAGCCAACCUCAAGCAAGUCAAGAAGGAAGUCAAAGAGGAGGCGACGGAGGCGGUGGGCGACUGGCGUAAGAACGUGGAGGACAAAGCUGACAGGAAGAAGAUGUUUGAAGCCUCCUGAAGACGUUUGGUGUUUGUGUUCUUUGGACUUGGGUGAUUUUUGCCUUUGAAAGAUCACGUGGUUCACCGA